AGGGAGAGAGGGGACGAUAUUCUUCAUCUGCAAGUUAGCUUUUUUCUUCUUCAAAUGCUUUUGAUCUACUACUACUACAGCUAUUAUUGCAACAACUGCUGUAAUAAACAAUCACUUAAACAGUAAUCUUCAUCAUUGUCUCUCACGGUGCUUUAAUCAUCGCCUGUUUCCUCCGCAUCCUCCAUUACAGCCCUUUUGAGAGCCCCAGCACGAUCAACGCAGCUGACCCACUUCACUUUUACUCGAUUAUUCUCAUCUUUUACUCAUACCCUGCGUCCCCCUUUUUUCUUUUGCUUCUAGUGUUUUCUCCUGGUCUUCCAAUGCUUUCUUAUGCUCUAUCUUUCAGUUCAGAGCUUCAUAUCAUGUUCAUUUCUUGAAUUAUUUUUUGAGGGGUUUCCAUUAAUUUGAGGGUGUUGUUGAGCUGCACCUGAUUGAUGGACUUUGGGUGCUUCUGCAUAUGGUUCUUGCUCUUCUGUGGUUUCUGGGCGGUUGCUUUCUGCAUGCAAGAUGGUUUCUUGAGUUUGGCAUGUGGCGGAGAUACAAGUUUCGUUGAUUCCUCAAAUAUUUCUUGGAUCCCGGAUGAUAAUUACAUCAGUACGGGGAACACAACCACCAUUGAUUCCAAUGGGGGCAAUUUCUCAUCCCAUGUUCCGGUUCGAUUUUUCCCUGAUUCCCAAGGUCGGAGGUGUUAUAGACUUCCAGUAAAGAAUGUGUCAUCCUUGGUUCUUGUUAGAACCCAAUUUGUGUAUAAGAACUACGAUGGACUUGAGAAGCCUCCGGCAUUCUCUGUUUCCCUUGGGACAGCUAUUACUGCUACUGUGAACCUCACAAAUUCCGACCCGUGGAUGGAGGAGUUUAUAUGGCCGACAAAUAAGGACAUUCUCCCUGUAUGUCUUCACUCUAUUCCAGAUGGUGGAUUUCCUGUAAUUUCUUCACUUGAAAUCCGACCACUUCCUCGUGGAGCCUACAAUAGUGGCAUUGGAGAUUUCCCAAAUAAGUCACUUAGAAAGUGUUACAGAAUCAAUUGUGGUUACAUGAAUGGGUCACUGCGGUACCCAUUUGAUCCCUAUGAUCGAAUAUGGGAUGUUGAUCAAAACUUUUCUCCCUCACGCGUAUCAUCUGAGUUUAAUAUCGAAAUGAGCUUUGAUAUGUCAAAUCUGAAGGAGAGUCCCCCAAUUCUUGUUCUUCAGACCGCAAGAGUUUUAGCACGGAGGGAUGUCUUGAGCUAUAAUCUCCUUCUUGAUAAGUUAGGAGACUAUUACAUAGUCCUCUAUUUUGCUGGGAUUCUUCCUGUGUCCCCAUCAUUUGAUAUAUUAAUUAAUGGCAACCUUGUUCAGCCAAACUAUACGCUGAGAAGCUUUGAAGCAAGUGUUCUAUUCUUUACACGAAAGGAAAUUAAAAGUUUGAACAUCACAUUGAAGAGUAUCAGCUUCUACCCUCAAGUUAAUGCAAUAGAGGUGUAUGAGAUAGUUGAUAUUCCAUUGGAGUCUUUCUCAACUACAGCUUCGGCACUUCAGGUUAUUCAGCAAUCCACUGGUUUAGAUCUGGGUUGGCAAGAUGAUCCUUGCUCGCCCAUACCUUGGAAUCAUGUUGGCUGUGAAGGAAGUGUGGUUACAUCAUUGGAGCUUUCGGACAUCAACUUGAGGUCAAUCAGUCCAACAUUCGGUGAUCUGCUUGAUCUUAAAACACUAGAUUUGCAUAACACAUCACUUGCUGGACAGAUAGAGAACCUCGGGAGCCUGCAGCAUCUUGAGAAAUUGAACCUGAGUUUCAAUCAGCUAACAUCCUUUGGUUCAGACUUGGAGAACUUGAUUAGCCUUAAAAUUUUGGACUUGCAACAUAAUAGUUUAGCAGGAGUCAUUCCUGACAACCUGGGAGAGUUACAAAACCUUCAUCUAUUGAACCUGGAAAACAAUAAACUACAGGGCACCCUCCCUCGGUCGUUGAACCGAGAAAGCUUGGAAGUUAGAACAUCAGGGAAUUUGUGCAUCUCCUUCUCUACCACAGCCUGCAAUAAUGUUUCGAGCAAUCCGUCAAUUGAGACCCCACAAGUUACUGUUGUUAGUGGAAAGAAGGAUAACAGCCAUAAUCAUCUAGCAAUUAUCCUGGGAGCAGUUUCAGGAGCCUUACUUGCUCUUGCGUUUAUCUCUCUUUCAGUAUUCUUGUACACAAGGAGGAAGAGAAGUGAAGUCACAUAUAACGCAAGAGCAAUGCCAGAGAUGCAAAAUUGGAAUGCAGCUAAAGUUUUUACCCACAAAGAAAUAAAGGCAGCCACGAACAAUUUUAAGGAGGUUAUAGGCCGAGGUAGUUUUGGAUCUGUUUAUCUUGGGAAACUUCCAGAUGGGAAACUUGUAGCUGUGAAAGUGCGGUUUGAUCAAACUCAACUAGGGGCCGAUUCCUUCGUCAAUGAGGUGCAUCUUCUGUCACAAAUUCGUCAUCCAAAUCUUGUAUCUUUGGAGGGAUUCUGCUGUGAAUCAAAGCAACAAAUACUAGUCUAUGAGUAUCUAUCUGGUGGAUCAUUAGCUGACAACCUUUAUGGCACCAACGGAAGAAAAGUAACAUUAAGCUGGGUUAGAAGAUUGAAAAUUGCUCUUGAUGCUGCGAAAGGAUUGGACUACUUGCAUAAUGGGAGCAAUCCACGAAUCAUACACCGUGAUGUGAAGUGCAGUAAUAUCCUUUUAGACACGGAGAUGAAUGCCAAGGUUUGUGACUUUGGUCUGUCCAAGCAAGUAACCCAAGCAGCGACUCAUGUGACGACUGUUGUCAAGGGCACGGCUGGCUACCUUGAUCCUGAAUAUUAUUCCACCCAACAGCUGACAGAGAAGAGCGACGUCUACAGCUUUGGGGUUGUACUUUUGGAGCUCAUUUGUGGCCGAGAACCACUGAGUCACUCCGGAACUCCAGAUUCCUUUAAUUUAGUGUUAUGGGCAAAGCCAUACUUGCAGGCUGGUGCAUUUGAGGUAGUGGAUGAGAGCGUAAAGGGCACUUUUGAUGGAGAGAGCAUGCGAAAGGCCGCUGUUAUUGCUUCGAGGUCUGUAGAGAGAGAUGCAUCACAGAGGCCUACCAUUGCAGAGGUGUUGGCAGAGCUAAAGGAAGCCUACAGUAUUCAGCUUUCAUAUCUUGCGUCUUCUGAACAUGGAAAUUAAGUUUUGUUGACAACCCAAAAGCAGAAAAAAAGAAAUAUGUGCAUCUUGAAAGUUGGCAUCAGUUUCUCUUGUGAAUUAUGUAUAGUUAUCGUCUAUUUCAGAAACUUCUGAUAUGUCUCAAUUAUCAUAAGCGUUACUCAGCAAAAUAUUACUUCAAGAUUUAAUUUUGUUA